CUCAGCUCUUAUGAGGCUGGAGUCCGAGAUUAAGGCUCGAAUUAGUUAGUAACUCUUCAGAUAAAACGUUUUGGUUAAUUUGGCCACUGUGUGAACGGGAGUAAUCUCCUAAUUUAAAAAAUCUACCGUAUUUUUGAGAUUUGUAUGAAAAUGAAGAUCAGGAUAGUUCAGAUUUUUGGCUUUCUCUUCACAGUUCUGGGCUGGAUCUUUGUGUCCUGUACCAUGGCCAUGGAGUACUGGAAGAUCUGUGGGCUGGGAGGCCUGGGCGGCAACAACAUCAUCUCUAUCAUCUGGUAUUGGUCCAGUCUCUGGAGGGCCUGUUACACUGACUCAACUGCUGUGACCGACUGCAUUGAUUUCCCUGUGCUGUGGGCAGUGGAUAAUCACAUCCAGAUUGUCAGAGGCCUCCUCAUUAGUGCUCUCGUCAGUGGCCUUUUAGCCAUUGUUCUAGCUUUGAUUGGAAUGGAAUGUACCUACAUUGGAGGCAAAGAGAAGAUCAAGCAUAAAUUUACUUUUGCUGGAGGAGUGUUCCAUAUUCUUAGUGGAUUGUCAUCUUUCUCUGGAUAUGUUGUAUAUGCAAACAAUGUUUCAGGAGAAUAUUUUAAUCCCGCUUUUCAAGGGCUAAAGUUUAAUUUAGGAACUCCUCUUUUUCUUGGCUGGGUGGGCUCUAUGCUUUGCAUCACAGGAGGUAUAUUUUAUAGCAUCUCAGUGGGAAAGCUAGUUUUUGAGCCAAGAGUGAUCUACUCGGACUCUGAAGGAUCCGUUCGCUCCUCGAAUUCAGGCCUGCUAAGCACAUCCGGGGACCCAAGAGAAGCUUAUAGAAGCCAGAGGACUCAGUUUGACAAAAAUUCUUAUGUAUGAAUAUGGUUGACGGGAAGAUAAUGACAGCAGGAUGGUGGUGGAAGAAGAUCCUGCGCCUGGACCUGUUAGGCGUACAAAAUUAAGCAAGCAGAUGAUGUUUACUUCUCCUACCUUUGGAACUUGUGUUAUGUGUAAUACAUGCAAAUAUGAUAGGACUCUGAUGCAGCUGGCUGUUGUUAUCCUCCCACUCACAACUAAUAAUUGUUUUCAUGUUUGUUUAAUCAGAAUCAUUCUUUUUCUUUCUGCAGAGUCUUGACAAGCAGUUAAACACCUGGUGCUGUGUGCAUUUCUAGCUUAUUACGUCUUAAAGGUAGUAACAAAUAAGGACAAAUAAGAAAAACAGAUGGUAAAAGCUAAUUAUUUGCAUUUAACUUCUUUGUUUUAUUUGGUGAGACACAUAACAGCAAGAUCCUAGCUGUACAGUAUAUUACACUAUACUUUACUAUGUGUUUAUGUAAAGAAAAAAAGGCAAAAUUGAAGAAAGAUGUGGUACAAGCAGUGGUACGACAGUGCAGUGGUUAGUAUUGCUGUCUUGCAGCUCUGAGGCCCUGGGUUCAAUUCUGAAUCUGGGGUUCUAUCUGUGUGGAGCUUGUAUGUUCUCCCCACGUUCAGGUAGGUUUCCCCCAGGUUCCCUGGUUUCCUCCCACAGUCCAAAGGUUACCUGGCUUCUGGGAAAAUUAGCCUUAGGUGUGAGUGUGCAUGUCAA